AUGACAGUCGGGAGAAUGGAGAACGUGGAGGUCUUCUCUUCUGAGGGCAAAGGCAGGGGUCUGAAGUCCACUAAGGAGUUCUGGGCUGCGGACGUCAUCUUUGCUGAGCGGGCUUAUUCCGCAGUGGUUUUCGACAGCCUCGUGAACUUUGUGUGCCACACCUGCUUCAAGAGGCAGGAGAAGCUCCACCGCUGUGGGCAAUGCAAGUUUGCCCAUUACUGUGACCGCACCUGCCAGAAGGAUGCUUGGCUGAACCACAAGAAUGAGUGUUCAGCCAUCAAGAGAUUUGGGAAAGUGCCGAACGAGAACAUCAGGCUGGCGGCGCGCAUCAUGUGGCGGGUGGAGAGAGAGGGCACCGGGCUCACGGAGGGCUGCCUGGUCUCUGUGGACGACUUGCAGAACCACGUGGAGCACUUUGGGGAGGAGGAGCGGAAGGAGCUGCGGGUGGACGUGGACACGUUCUUGCAGUACUGGCCUCCCCAGAGCCAGCAGUUCAGCAUGCAGUAUAUCUCGCACAUCUUUGGAGUG